AAAGGCCGAGACAGAAGGAGCGUGAGGCGGCGGAGGGGCUGGUCCAGGCGCGGCCGCUAAGAGGAGACCAAGAGGCGGGGGCUGCACUUGACAACCAGCAUGCCGAGAUGUCAGAAGAGGCAGAAGUGGAUGUGAGAGAAAGAGAGACACAGAGAGACAGAGAGCCAAAGAGGGCAAGAGACUUGACUUUAAGAGACUGCUGUACUGACAACUCCAUGCAGUUCGGAACCAGAACGACUCCGGCUGAACCAGGGUUCAUGGGGACAUGGCAAAACGCUGAUACUAACCUCUUAUUCAGAAUGUCCCAACAGGUUCCAGUGGCAUGUGCUGGCAGAGUGCUGGGUGCAGACUUCUGCCCAAACCUGGAGGAGCCAGACCAGAGGCUGGAAGUCCAGGCCAUCCGCUGCACACUGGUGAACUGCACGUGUGAAUGUUUCCAGCCGGGGAAGAUUAACCUGAGGACUUGUGAUCAGUGUAAACAUGGCUGGGUGGCACAUGCCUUGGAUAAGCUCAGCACGCAGCACCUCUACCACCCCACCCAAGUGGAGAUCGUGCAGUCCAACGUGGUGUUUGACAUCAGCAGUCUGAUGCUCUACGGGACGCAGGCGGUGCCUGUGAGGCUCAAGAUCCUGCUGGACCGUCUCUUCAGCGUCCUGAAGCAGGAGGAGGUGCUGCACAUCCUGCACGGCCUGGGCUGGACCCUGCGUGACUACGUCCGGGGGUACAUCCUGCAGGAUGCUGCCGGCAAGGUGCUGGACCGCUGGGCCAUCAUGUCUCGAGAAGAGGAAAUCAUCACCCUUCAGCAGUUUCUGCGGUUCGGAGAAACCAAAUCCAUUGUGGAGCUGAUGGCCAUUCAGGAGAAAGAGGGGCAGGCCGUAGCUGUACCGUCUUCAAAGACAGACUCAGACAUCAGAACUUUCAUUGAGAGCAAUAAUCGCACCAGGAGUCCCAGCCUCCUUGCCCAUCUAGAGAACAGCAACCCUUCCAGCAUUCAUCACUUUGAAAACAUCCCCAACAGCCUCGCCUUCCUGCUGCCAUUCCAGUACAUAAACCCGGUCUCAGCCCCGCUGCUAGGAUUGCCUCCGAAUGGGUUGCUGUUAGAGCAACCAGGACUGAGGCUGCGGGAACCCAGUCUUUCGACCCAGAAUGAAUAUAACGAGAGCAGUGAAUCUGAAGUGUCUCCCACACCCUACAAGAACGACCAGACGCCCAAUAGAAACGCCCUGACCAGCAUUACUAAUGUGGAGCCCAAAACUGAGCCAGCCUGCGUGUCCCCCAUUCAGAAUUCCACCCCGGUCAGUGAUCUGUCCAAAACCGAACACCCAAAAAGCUCAUUCCGGAUCCACCGGAUGAGAAGGAUGGGGUCAGCCUCUAGGAAAGGAAGAGUGUUCUGUAACGCGUGUGGGAAGACGUUCUAUGACAAAGGUACUCUCAAAAUCCAUUAUAACGCUGUUCACCUGAAGAUCAAACAUCGGUGCACCAUCGAAGGUUGCAACAUGGUCUUUAGCUCCCUCCGAAGCCGUAACCGUCAUAGUGCGAACCCUAACCCUCGCCUUCACAUGCCUAUGCUAAGGAAUAACCGAGACAAAGAUUUAAUUCGGGCCACAUCAGGGGCUGCCACCCCCGUCAUAGCAAGUACAAAAUCAAAUCUCACACUCACAAGCCCUGGCCGGCCCCCAAUGGGUUUUACCACUCCCCCACUAGACCCCAUCUUACAGAAUCCUCUCCCUAGCCAGCUGGUGUUUUCUGGGCUAAAGACUGUCCAACCAGUUCCUCCGUUUUAUAGAAGUUUACUCACUCCGGGGGAAAUGGUGAGUCCUCCAACCUCCCUCCCGACCAGUCCCAUCAUUCCAACCAGUGGUACCAUAGAGCAGCUCCCCCCAUUACCCUCUGAGCCAGCAGCGCCAGUAGUGAUGAUGGCCACUCAUGAGCCCAGUGCCGACCUGGCGCCCAAGAAGAAGCCUAGGAAGUCCAGCAUGCCUGUGAAGAUCGAGAAGGAAAUUAUUGAUACUGCCGAUGAGUUUGACGAUGAAGACGAUGACCCCAAUGAUGGCGGAGCUGUGGUCAACGAUGGGAGCCAUGACAAUCACUGCCACUCGCAGGAGGAAAUGAGUCCAGGCAUGUCUGUGAAGGACUUUUCUAAGCAUAGCAGGACCCGGUGCAUUUCAAGGACUGAAAUAAGAAGGGCCGACAGCAUGACUUCCGAGGACCAAGAACCUGAGCGGGACUACGAGAACGAGUCUGAGUGUUCGGAGCCCAAACUAGGUGAGGAAUCUAUGGAAGGGGAUGAGCACAUGCACGGCGAGGUGAGCGAGAAAGUCCUGAUGAACAGUGAGAGGCCGGACGAGAACCACAGUGAGCCCUCUCACCAGGACGUCAUCAAGGUGAAGGAAGAGUUUACAGAUCCCACUUACGACAUGUUUUACAUGAGCCAGUACGGACUGUACAAUGGCGGGGGUGCCAGCAUGGCAGCCCUGCACGAGAGUUUUACAUCAUCUCUGAAUUACGGCAGCCCUCAAAAGUUCUCCCCGGAAGGUGAUCUGUGUUCUAGCCCAGACCCCAAAAUCUGUUAUGUGUGCAAGAAGAGUUUCAAAAGCUCCUACAGCGUGAAGCUUCACUACAGGAACGUUCACUUGAAAGAGAUGCACGUCUGCACGGUGGCUGGCUGCAAUGCCGCCUUCCCCUCUCGCCGAAGCAGAGACAGAAACAGAAAUUUACGGAUGGAAAGAACCAUAGGUCCAGGACAUCGAGACAGCCUGCAUCUCCGUAGACACAGUGCCAACAUCAAUCUCCAUCGUAAACUGUUGACCAAAGAACUCGAUGACAUGGGCCUGGACUCAUCGCAGCCCUCCCUUAGCAAGGACCUCCGGGAUGAAUUUUUGAUGAAGAUCUAUGGUGCCCAGCACCCCUUGGGGCUCGACGUCAGGGAAGACGCCUCCUCUCCCGCGGGGACAGAAGACUCCCACCUGAACGGGUACGGGAGGGGCAUGGCGGAGGACUACAUGGUCCUGGACCUGAGCACCACCUCCAGCCUCCAGUCCAGCAGCAGCAUCCAUUCCUCCAGAGAAUCCGACGCAGGCAGCGACGAGGGGAUCCUCCUGGAUGACAUCGAUGGGGCGAGUGACAGUGGGGAGUCGGCACACAAGGCCGAGGUCCCCACCCUCGCUGGCAGCCUCGGGGCUGACGUUUCAGGAUCUCUGAUGUUCAACAGCUUGUCCGGGAGCCAUGGUGGGAUCAUGUGCAACAUUUGCCACAAGAUGUACAGCAACAAGGGGACCCUGCGAGUGCACUACAAAACCGUGCAUUUGCGAGAAAUGCACAAGUGCAAAGUCCCCGGUUGCAAUAUGAUGUUCUCCUCUGUGCGAAGCCGGAAUCGGCACAGUCAGAACCCUAAUCUCCACAAAAACAUUCCCUUCACUUCGGUAGAUUAGUCUCAGAAAAGACACUACAAAUGCCAGCUCUCACCAGAUGGCCUACGUAUUUGAACUGCCAUAGUCAGUGUGUGCUUGUGUACUUGGGAUGGUGUGUGUGUAUAUGUGUGUGUAUACACAUGUAUGCCUCUGUGUCUACAUAUAUAUAUAUAUAUAUAUAUAUAUAUACACACACACACACGUUUUCUUUUCUUUAGAUACAAAAAGAUAAACACUAGGUGCUUUUGAAGUUUUUUUUCUCUUUUUCCCUUAUAGGUCGGAUCUUUCAUUUGGGGGUGAAAACAAAGUACCCUUUAAACACAUAUACACACAUAAAAGCGUGCAACUAGCCCAAAUUUUGACAGAAUAAUAAUUCCUGGUCCUCUCCAGAGAGACAAUUUGUUGUACCCAUGACUGUUGCCUGCAAACAAAUAAAAGGGAGAAAAAAAAAAAAGAAACAAAAAAGGAACUCCUUAUAGUUGUCUUUUGUGAACUUUAAGGUUUUGAGAGAAUCUUCAAUUAAAGCAUGGCAGAUUCACCUGUAAAUAUUUAGCCUUGAGAGGCCAAUGAUGUAAAACAGUUGUAUUGAUGGUUGUUUAACUCUUUUGUUUAAUUUUUUACAGUUACAUCAGCUGUUAGAUAUACAGGAAUAAAAUAGUUUGCUGGCUAGCUCUAUUCAUUUAUGUUAGCAUUAAUGCACACUUUUUAAGGAAAAAAAAACCAUGGUCUUGUUUUUACUACCUGCUAGAUAUAGUGAUAAAGAGGUGCUGGCAUGCCUUACAGCACAGAUCUGAUUUUUUAAAAUGUCCUGUACUAGUACAUAAAUCCAGUCAUGCACUUUUUUUCAUACACUACAAGGGGAUGUGUAAUAUCCAUGCUUCUUUUUUAUCCUUAAACUAUUGCCAUACUUCAAGUAAGUGUCUUUUUAAAAAAAUUCACUUGUAUAAAAAUGGUCUGGUCAGUAUAGGGCACAAAUGCCAAACAAAAGUAUUAGUGUUAACACAAAACUGCCAACUUUGCACAAGUUUCCAGAAAAGAAAAUACAAUUAGUCACUCAACAUAACCACAGGCCAAUUUGUCGGCCACCAGAAAACCGCUUUAGAAAAAAACACUUGGUGAUUCAAGUGCCGAAUGUUAUUACAAUCAACACUGCAACCUUCUUGCUUAUAUGUUAAGUUACAUAAAAGGAAAACAAAAUUAUGUGGUGUGAAACAGCUAAGGCAUUUAUUCUUUAGAGGCUGGAUAAUAUUUCAGGAUACAAAAGCCCAAAUUACUCACUAUGGAACAAAGCUGAAGCCAGUAAAAAGAGUUGAGCUCUCAUUCGCAAGGACCUAACCCUUAAUCCUUUAAAAAGAAAAAGUCUGAACUGGGUUGGUCUGUUGUGUGGCUAUGUAAUUUACUGCACGUUCUGCAGUAGUACUCUGAUUCAGGCUAGUUUGAUAGACAAAAUCAAAGACCUUUAACAGCGGCAGCAGCAGUACUUGGAAGCUUUGCAAACAUGUGCUGAACUUGAACUAAGCAACACUCCUUUCUGAAAAGCCAGAAGAAGGGGGUUUAAAAUAGGAUCUCUCACUGUUUAGUGUUUUGUGUUUCCCCACACGAUUUGUCAGAGAGAAAUGAAAGCAAGCCUGAAACCAAGCAAUCGAGAGUGAGAAAGAGGAGGGGAGAGGAUUCUCCAAACCUUUUUUGUUGUGUUUUGUUUUGUUUUGUUUCCGAUGUUUACACAUGUUGCCUGAGCUGGUUUACCACAUCAGCAGCCUCAGCUACCACAACAUACUGACUAAAUGAUGAUAUUUACUCAAGUUCAGUCUGCAGCCAAAACCAUUAGGGUGUGAGUUGCAGACUGUGUUUUGUUGUCUUUUUUUUUUUUUUUUAAGUGGAGGGGGGAAAAAGAGAUAAACAAGGAAUAUUUUGUCAAACAGUACACAGUAAUUUAAAGAGAAUGUAUUUCUUUUCUGCAUUUAAGGGCCUCAAACAUUUCUCCCAGCAGUCUAAAAGUUAGAAAUACCCACUUUGUCUUAACUUUUAAUGUUAUUUCCACUUUUCAUAUGUUUUGUGAUUUUUUUCUAGGUUCACAUCAGCAUUCACUUCCGUUAAAUUUGCCAAAGGAAACUGUUAAUAUGUUUCUCUUUUUAUUAUUCCUGUAGGAUUUAUCGUACCUCACAGUAUUUAUUGUUUCCAAAAAUAAGCAUCAUUAGUUGAGGAUUCAGUAUUUUUCUUUGUGAAAAUUUCACAAAUGAUAGAUUCUUAAAGAUAAGCUAGAUGUGUCUAGGGGCUUUAUCUUUUCAUCUUCAGAGCAUGCUAUGGGGUUCAUUUAAUUCUUCAUUUGUUCUACAGUGAGGAGAGACCAAAAGUAUUUGCAGUACAAAAGAAAUUAUAUCAGACACUAUGUCUGUUAAAUGACAAAUGUUUACGGUGAAAAAAGCUGAGGAAUUAGUGCUAACCAUUUUUGUUUUCUUGUACCUUUGAAUUCCCCAAAGUCUUAAUUGCUUUAUUUUGGUGUUGUGUUAAAUUGAAUAGACAGAGAUGUUUACCUUUGUUUGUUUUAUACCAUAUAAGACUCUGUACAGUAUGUUUGUGAAAGACUGAACUAGAAUAAUGAAAGUUUGUUUGCAAACAUUUUGGUUCUCUUAGCGUUCUCUGUCUUGCUGCUGUUGCCCUAUUAUCCAAAUGAUUCGAUUCCAAAAGAGUGGGAAAAAAAUAUUUUUGGUAUCCCAACAAAAGAUUAUGGAAACACUGGCUUUGGGAGUGUGCGUAGACUAAAUGACACUUUGUUUUAUGAAAAUAACAAAAUUUCAGCCAUUUUUAACAGUUACACUCUAGGUUGAAAUAUUAGAACUCAUCUUGUACAAAAAUCAGUGUUUACUCUGUUUAAUUUAAUGUCAACUAAAAGGUCAAAGAGCCCUAAUGAGUGAAUUACAUAGCUGUCAGCAGGUCACAGCAAACGAACCAGGCUUAGAACAAAUGUUUGUUACUUGCCACAAACCAGGCUAGUGUGGAUAGCCAGUUAGAACAACCCCAGAAGUAACAAGAUUCUCAAGGUAGAAGUUCCCUUGCUCAGAGCAUGAAUGUGUUCACCUGCCUUUUGUUGGAGAAAUGGCAGUGAGUCCUGGACAACUUGCCCUUUUUGAGUCUCUCCCCUUUGCUACUAUUGUGCCUCAGGUGCCCACAUGUUAUGGUGGCCUUCUAAGUGGGUGUGUAACAUUUUCCAAUUUAAAGCCUAUUUGCUUAAAAGGGACAGGGGGAGUUGACAGAAGUGGUCCAUAAGAUGGAGAAUCAUGAAAUGUACAUUUCUUUUAGUCCCCCAGGGUUGCUUGUCCUUGGGUGUGUGCCUGAGUGCAUUGUUUGGACUUAACUCUAAAUCUAGUUAAGAUGGUGAUCUCAAGGCUUAUUUGCAAAUGGGAAGGAUAAAGAGAUCAGCAUUUUAAUCACUGAGCCCUUCAUCUUUGCCCACUCAUACUCAUUUCUUUUUUCAUAGGAGUUUCCUAUUGUGAAACAGGUUCUGUUCAGCUGCAUCCAUUCUAUGCCUGCUGAAAAAGGAAUAGGAAUGCAGCUUUUUUAUCCAAGCAGCCUUUUCCCAUUUGAUUGAUUUUAACCAGCAUUUUGUCACAGGUACAAAAUUGGGCAGUAUUAUUAAUGUGCAUGUUUGCUAGGUGGUGUUGAAAUGUACUGUUUUGAUCAUUUUAAACUAUGUGUUUGUAAAUAUCAGAAAGGCUUAGUCUGCUUUAGGGAGUAUCUGUGUGUUAUGGAGGGGGAUGACACAGAGCAAGAAUGGAUAAUUUGGUUUUAAAAAUGUGACAAAAAGCGGGACAUUCUUUGUUCUGCUAUUAAUUGUAUUGAAAUAAGUCAAUGCAUUUCAGAUCUUAGUCUGGCCGCCCAGUUCAGCCUGAUGCCUUUUAAAGGUUUCAAGGUGUUAAUGUUUUCCUUCUCAAGGUGACAAACAUCUUUUGAAAUUGUUUUUAGCACAAUGGCGCCACUGUCCUUAUAGUGUAAUUUCUUUGGUCAUGAAUUUCUAGGCCCUUCCAGUAAGAGGAGAAAGGCACUUAACUGGUCAAUAGCCUGUUAGUAUAUACAUUGCUCUUAAAAAAAAAAAAAAAAAAAAAGCAAGCUUUGAAUAUAUCAAGAAUGGGCUGGCUCUUCCAGAGGCAUUAUCCUCAUUUUACUCAGGGGAAACCAUGCGCUAGGUUCCCACCAAAUAAAAAGUGACCUUUUGUUCCCCUUCCUCUGUACACACCCCUGACAUGUGCCAAGCAAAUGAGAAAGGGGGCCCUUGGCAAUUAAAACAGAAAGAAGCCAGUAAUCAGAUUGAGACGGACAUGCUGCUAACUGCCAACAGUUGACCUGAGCAGUCCUAACUUGCACUUGGUCUUUAGCGUUGGGUUAGAUUGACUAACAGAGCGAAUAAAGUUCAGCCCUCCUAAGACACGCUCCAUCUGCUGUCAUCAGAAACAGAUCAUCUGGAAGAAACCUUCUUUGAUCCUGUGGACACACUCCUUUUCUUGAACUUUUCAAAAUUAUGACAAAUUUCAGGGUUUUUAAAAAUCACUUAUAUUCCCCCAAACUUGGAAUAUUUAGAGGAUUUUGCUUUUCCCUCUCAUUCUUUGUCUAAUGGGAGGGGUCUAAAUGAGUACGGAGGGCAAUAAAAGGCAGGUGCCAAAGAGACUGGAGGGAAUCAUGGUUUUUUAAAGCAGAGUGAGGGAUAUUAAGUAGAGGAUUCGUACCUGCCCUGGCUUGAAGGUAACCAGAAAAGAAAAUAGUGAAGGCACUGAAAUGGUCACGAGAAAAGUCCGGUGCAGCUCAGCCUAGUAGCCAGUGAGAGCACAUCGAUGCAGUGCCCCCCAGAGCUCCCCAUGACCAGGUGCAUCACCGAACCCCAGUCUGAGGAGGGAGGGAGAAAGAAAGGAAGGCUGCUGCCCGGAAUAGCUCAAGUCCCUUUCAGAUCACGGGAGCCAACUAGGGCAGUUGUGGAGGGGGUGUCCUUUUUUUCUUUUCUUUCUUGUUUUUGGAGUGGGAAGUGAUGCUACAGAGUCCCUUAGGGAACAAAACGAUCCAUUGGGUCAACUAGGUCCUAGAAAAGUCCAAUGGUCAAACCAAGCUCUAGUUGUGACAAGUGGAGUUGAAGGGCAUGGUAGCCAGCAGGGAUCUGUUCUUUCUCCAUCAUUACUGUGGCUUGCCCCCGUAGCCGUGGUUGUAAUGCUAUGUGGCUCAAAAUCUCUUGAUCAAAAUGUGAGCUCAUUCACCUUCCUACGAAGCAUAAAAGUAACUUUUCUGUUUUCAUAUUUUCCCUCCAAGCUGAACUGUGUGUGGUAGGUAGCCUUGCUUAUGUUAGCAUUAAGGCCAUAUCUGCUCUGUCCUAAACGUAUUUCCCUAUUUCCUAUAGUUGGAGAGUUGCUCACUGUAAACAUUAAUUUUCCGUUAGUGUUACGUAAACCCAGCUGUAAAACUGACAAGUGCAUUAAUCUAGCAUCACUCUUGCCCAGACACCCAUCCUUUCCUGUGUCCUCCCACCAUCCUCAUUUUUCCCACAUUUUGCACAAAAAUGAUGUUUAUGGUCAUUCGGCAAUAGCUGGACAUCAAAUAGCGUCUUUUUGGCAUUUGUUGAAAAAUCCAAAUGCCUAAAAACAGGGGGUUUAAAAAAAAACCUAAGCAUUUUUACAAGUACACUGAAUUGGAUCAGCAUUAUUGUUCAUUAUAAUGCUAUAUAUUUUUUGAAGUAACGUACUAUAGUUGUCAUAAAACUAUCUUUAUUCUCCUCUGAAGUGUUGUAAACUCAUUUGACCUUUACUGCAAAAAAAAUUUUUUUUCUAUAUAGUGUAUCAAGACAAGGCUUAGUUUGUAACAAAUAGUGGAGGGUUACAAAAGAGGAAGGGAAAAAGCCAGGCUGAGCAUCGAGAAGCUUCAGUUCAAUUUCACCUCAUAUCUUUCUAAUAACUUACUUGUCACUUUAUUACCUUCCAGUAAUGUGAACGCUGCUGACAAGACUGUCACACUAACAGCAGACAACACCCUCUCUGCUUCAGCUCCAGCUCUCCUGGCUACUUAUUGCCCUGGCCCUGAAGGGACACAAACUAAUAGUGUGCUUUCCAGUUCAGCACUUGGCCAUCAAAUAUAAAAGGAUGCGUAAUUGCCUGUUUAUCCCUUGUGAAGGGGAAAUUGAGUACAAGGGCUAGGCUUUCCCACUGAGUUCCCUGAUGUACACACAUUCACAGUCUCUCUCUCUCUCUCUCUCUCUCUCUCUCUCUCUCUCUCUCUCCCUCCCCCCCCUUUCUCUCUCCCCCCACCUUCUCCUCCCAUCACAUAAGCCCGCACACACACCCACUAAACUGUAUCUUUGGUAAGCCCAAAGCUGCCUCAAGGUGCCCUCUCCAGCUAUUAAGUGGACAGUAACAAGACUACUUCUUAAGGGUCAGUAGAGAGAUGCUGACUUUGAUGGCAUUCUUUGAGUCUUUGGAAACUUAAGGAUUGCAAUUCCAAGCCCGUGCAUUUUGGGAGUACUGGGUCUGGCCCUAUAAUUAGAGCACAGUUUCUGCAAGUCAGUGACAAAAGUGGUAUUAGAUCGCCCCAUAUUCUGUAAGGAAAGCAUUAAAAUGUUUUUCCUCCCCUUCAAAAAGUGCACGUGUUGUAACAAAUUGGUUGUGUGUGAUGGUAAAAAAAAAAAAAAAAUUUUUUUUUUUUUAGUUUUGACACCCAACUGUUAGUCUAAAUGAACACGUGUCUUGCCAUGAGAACCUCCAAAUCCAUAGUGUAACAAGACAAGUUCACCUUUGUUUUGUUUAAUUGGACUGACAAUCUGAAAAAAAUAAUAAGGCAUGGGGACUUUGACUUGAAUCACUAAAACAGAGACCACUCUAUACGUAAAAGUAAAUUCUCCACUUUGGGAAAAUUUUGGUAAGCACAAGUGCAUGAGCUUUACGAAAUCAAGUGACUAGGGGACAAAAGGUACAAAGGAAGAUCACGUGAAAGUGUUAUCUUCCCAAACAUCUUGAGCCUAAAUAGCGUGUAGGUAUUGGCUGCUAUUUUUGUAUGUUAAACUGCUUAAAGGAUGGUAAAAGGUGGCUAGUUGGUGGCUGAAUGAAGUGCAAGAUCUCUGUGUGCAUCUUCCUUGCGGAACUAGGGGACUCCAUGCUUCCUUCUAACCGUCCAGCAGCAGGUCUGUUAGAAGCUGAUGACCGCCCCCGGCCCCAACCCCGCUUUGAACAGUCACAUUUCAAAUCUAUUUGUCAACCAAAUAAGAUACAGGUGGGUGUCAUCUUUGAUACAAACUUCUGGAAAGAGAAAAGUGGCAGAUUUAGAGACAGACGACUUACCAGGUCUGUGUUGACAAACCCGUGCUAAAAUAAUUGCAUUAACCAGGGUGAGGACUGGGAAGAAAAGCACUUUGAGUAAGGAUUCUUGGGGUCAGAGAAAAAGCAGUUGAUGUUUUUUUUUUAAGUUCCCCCAGUAUGUAUAUAUUACAAUCAUUUAGCAAACAUCUUAAGAGAAUCUUAAUUAAAAAUUCAGCUGCCAAAAUUGCACAGAUUCUGCUAAUAUGAGUUUUCCCCCACCCUUUAAAUAACAGGGAUGCUUAAGGACAGUUCUAAUUAUUUUAAUGUGUUUCUAGCUUCCUUUUUUUUUAAAGACUCUUUGAAGGGAAGGAAGAGCAGGAAAAGGUAUUUUAACAAGAAUGGAGAGAAGUAGAUAGUAUAAAACUAUAUUUCUUGAAGAGAGAAUAUCUAAGCGUUAUACUGAGACUUUAUAAGGCUUCCUGUUGCCAAAUGUGAUGCUGAAAUAAUGCACAAGUAAGAUGGCAAAUCGAUCCAUUAUGAACCGGCUCUGCCCACUUCUGUUACGGAAUGCAAGGAUUGAGAGGUGACUCGGGGCGGGGGGGGGACCCUGGAUGUGUGCGAGAGCUCCACUCAUCUGGCCCUGGAAAUGCUUUCCACAAGAAGGGGAGAAAAGCCCAGCCCUCUUGGUAGUCCCCCGCUGCAAGGUGAGCUGACCUGGCACUGUUUCCACAGGAGACAGGCUGCCCGUCCUUUCCAUGCUAGGAGACAAAGCAUCCCCCUGCCCUGCCUGUGAAUCAGUGACAUAGCCAUGAGAAGCGUUGAUUCAUGAGCUAUGAUGCUCUUGACUCCCAGACAAUGUGCUGAGUUAGUAGGUUCACUUGAGAUCCAUAAACCAAGGUUGAUUUUUUUUUCAUUUAGUACUCAAUUUGGAGCAUUUUGCAUGUCUUUGUACAGAGUAAUCCAUUCCUCUCAUUGCCCAUCUUAAUCUCCCCUGACUUUUCCAUUAUCUCUCCACCCCUGCCCUUUCUUCUUCUCAUCUCACCCACCCCUUAAAAAAAUUCUUUUCUGAAGCAAGAAGGUAGAACACUCCCUCCCUCACCCGGAUGUUGAUGGCUUUGGAAACGUUUGUGUGUUCUACCCUGUCCAGGGUUUACAUAACGUGGAUUAAGUGAAUGAGAUGUUCUAGCAUUAUAUAUUAAGCUUAUAUGACUAAGAUUUAUAAUAUAUGGUGCUCUCACUUUCCUGUGCAAACUUUGGUUCAGCUGCCCUACAGAAAAGUCUUACCAUUUUCCUACCAGUGCCAGUAUGAACAAGGGCAGGAUUGCUAAACAUGAGUAUCUGGAGGUCUGAGGGGUGAGGGAAGGCAGAGAAACCAGGAGAAGACUUUGGUCUGAGGCCUCCCUGGGCCUUUCCUCAAAGGUGGAGGCAAGUCGGGGCUUCAGGAAAGAAAGCUCUCCGUUCUCUACUGCUCGUCAGGGACUAGGCCUUUUAGAACGAGCAAGAUCCCUCACCUAGUUGAGAGAACACCUAACUGUCUUAUUCACCCCAAACCCACUGGUGUGUCUCGCUAACAAAACCAUUUGACUCAACUUGCCUAUUUGACAGCAAAAUUGGCCAAAGGGAAUUGAAAUAUCUUAAGGAAAAGAAUUUUCUCCAAGAUAUGUCCUCUCCCUCCUCCCAGAGUUUGGGGGUUUAUGCUUUUUUCAUUUCUCUUCUCUGCAUCAAACCAGCCUCUCUGCUCAGCCUGCCACAGAACCAAAGUUUGCACUACAAAAGGGAGUAGCACUGAGGGACGGGGACAGCUUGCAUCACCCUGAUCUAAUCAUUGUGACGUCGGUAGCUUCGUAAAUACUGUAUGUACCUUGAACAAGGGUUUUGUUUUUGUUUCGUUUUUGGUUUUGCUUUUCGGUUUGUUUUUAUUAGUAGUCUGAGGGAAUUAAAAGUUUUUAUUUGCUAUUUCUUUUGUUGUAUUUUCUGUACUAUAACUGUCUACAGUAUGUCUUUU